AUGAGGUCAGGUCAUGAGGACAUUUUUAUUAGUUAUCAUGCCAAAGAUGAUGUGCAGUCUACAUACGCUGGUAACAUUGUUUGGCAGAGGCGUGCUGGAGAUCCGCUACGUGUAUAUAUGGAUCUUGAACCUAGCAGGAUGAGGUCAGGUCAUGAGGACAUUUUUAUUAGUUAUCAUGCCAAAGAUGAUGUGCAGUCUACAUAUGCUGGGGCACUCUUUCAUAACAACCGAAAUUAUCAUUUAUCUUCUGUUAAGAACAAUGAUACUCUUCCUCCUCAAAGAAACCAGCUUGCGAAAAGCCUUCUCAGGUUGCUGCCCCACCACUCGUUUGGAAAGUUCUUGAACAAUGUUGGAGGCCUCGACCAGGCACUCUCCCUCUAUCCCAAAUGCAUGAAGGAUGCUAACGAAUCUCCUAAAUGGUGGGAUCAUUUACAUUGUGCCAAUACAUUGUGCCAUGACUUCGUACCUCCUCAUUCCAUUAUAGACGGGAAGCAAUUUGGUUCUAUGGAGGAAUUGGCUAUUUAUGUCAAGGCUCUAGCUAAUGAUCCAGUAGCUUAUGCAGAAUAUCAAGCGUGGAGGAGAUGUGGUGUGUUGGGUAAUUAUAGAAGAACCCGAGCAGCUAGCUUAGACACUUUACCCUGCAGACUAUGCGAGGCUGUGGAGAAAUUCAAAAGCCUUGUGAAGCGCAUUUUAGUCAAGAUUCCGGGAGAAAGGCUUCGGUUUUGCUCCUCACCUCUAAUGAAGAGCGUGGAGCGAGAUUUCUGUGUUACUUCUGCAUCACUCGCAUUCAGUAGAAAACAGGAAUUUCUGAGACAGCCAAAAUCAGUAGACAAGAUAAAUAGCUGUACAAAGAUGAGAUGGAAGGAACUUGAGCAAUUAAACAAUGAGAAGACAACUAAGUUUAUAGUCAUAUGA